CAGGUCAUUUUGACAUCGAAUAUCUCGGAUAUACGUAUCAUCGGAUUGUUUCACCUUAACCUAGCAUCCUGCUUCCUGCUUUGUUGUUCUUUCAGAGUCCUAAAGAUUCCCUUUUCACGAUUUACGAAGACUACGAUGGAUCCGAUUGUUCGAAAACGUUUAAGGGAUAAGUCAUGCUCAGAUUCUUCGAUCACCGAUGACGAAGAUACAUCGCGGCAGAAAAAAAAAUCCUCACGCUCGGUCAAAGUCUACAAACAGAAAUUUAAAGAAGAGUGGCGGCAAUCAUUCGGGAAAUGGCUGAUUUGUACAGAAGAUAAGAAACCUCGAUGUACUGCGUGCAAUAAAAAUUUAGAGGGUGGAUAUUCCCAUAUUAAGCGUCAUGCUGAAACGCAAUUCCAUAUAAGGGAAUUAGAAGUGGCUAGACAGACCCCUAAGCUUGAUGUUAUCUUUAAAAAGACAACUCAAAAUGAUCAAAUGAAACAGAAGGCGAAGGAUGCAGAGUUAAAAAUGGUUAUGUUUUUACACGAACAUAAUCUACCGUUUUUGCUCAUGGAACAUCUACCCUCUUUUGUAAAAAGCGUGUGCCCGGAUUCAAAAAUCGCUGAAAACGUUAAAUGUUCCCGCACAAAAGCCACUGCCAUCACGAAAGACUGCCUGGCGCCGGAAGCAAAAGAGGAUAUCUGUCGGCGUUUAAAAAACUCAGUCUACUCACUCAUAAUCGAUGAAACGACUGAUGUCGGAACAAAAAAAUCCCUUGCCAUAAUCAUUCGCUUUUUCGAUGAGAUGAAAAUGAGUGUAGUCGAUAGAUUUCUUGGAUUGGUUCAAAUCGAAAGUGCUACUGCCGAAUCUAUAUUUUCAACAAUAUUGAAAUGUUUGAAAGAAGUGGGAAUCCCUUUCGCCAACAUGAUCGGCUUCGCUGCUGAUAAUGCUUCAACCAUGAUGGGCAAAACGAAUGGAGUGCAAGCACGAUUUCGGCAAAUUCUUCCACAUAUAUUCGUCCUUGGAUGUGUAUGCCACUCCUGCCAUCUCUGUGCAUCUGCAGCAGCGAAUAAACUGCCUAAAUCGAUCGAGGAUUUUGCGAGGAGUGUCUACAAUCAUUUUUCCAAUAGUAGCAAGAGGACAGGAGAGUUGGCAGAGUAUCAAACAUUUGUGGAUCUCAAGCCUCAAAAAAUGCUUAGACCAAGCCAGACUAGAUGGCUGUCGCUUCAGGCUGCUGUUGAUCGGAUUCUCCACCAUUGGGAUGCGCUGACGCUCUAUUUUACAAAUGCAGUUUUCGAAGACAAUCUGCAUUCAACAGAAUCGAUACUCAAUUGCUUGAAAACUCCGGUGUACAAACUGUAUCUCACCUUUUUAUCAUACACGUUGGAAAGUGUAAACAAAUUGAACCUCGAGUUCCAGAGCGAAAAGCCAAAGAUCCAGUCUUUGAAUAAAUCCGUCUCUGAGCUUUUCAAAUCUAUGCUCAAGAAUUUUAUGCAGCCAUCAUAUGUCGAUAAGACACCACUGGAGAAAGUGCUAAUCAGAAAUCCACACAAUUUUUUACCGCUCAACGAAAUAUAUUUCGGUGCGAAAGCUGAAAUAUUAAUUUCCAAAGGAGCCAUUGAAGCUGUUGAACUUCAGAGGUUCAGGACCCGAGCACUGGAUUUUUAUCUCGAGCUAUGCUCGCAAAUACAAAAUAGAUUUCGUUUCAACGAUCCGAUGUUGAAAUAUGUCGAAAUCUUCUCACCGGAGACUGCAUUAAAUGGAUCGAUCCGAAGUAUCAUUGUUUCAACCACACUCAACUUUCCGAAGUUGUUUAACGAAAACAACCUUGAAGGAUUGGAUGCCGAAUGGCGACUGUUGCCUAAUGUGCAAGACAUUAAGAAAUUUGAAAAUUUCGAUUUCGCAGAAUUCUGGAUGAAGAUAGCGUGUUUGAAAAACUCUCUGGAUGAGAUGAUGUUUCCGAAUCUAACAAAAUUAAUCAAAGCCAUUUUAUCUUUGCCUCAUUCAUCAGCUGCAGCCGAACGGACGUUUUCACAACUAAAUUUGAUGAAAACGAAAAGCAGAAAUCGACUAGAUGUCGAUACCUGUGAGGCAAUUUUGCAUUCUAAAGCACUAUUAAACGAGUCAACGUGCUAUAACUGGCAACCUUCAUCAACGUUGCAAGCAAAAAAACCAAAAAUUUGAUUUGAAGUCAUUUUUAUCUUCUCCUUUCUACUACUUAGUUUUUAAAUCCUUAUGGAACAAAAACGCGUGAAACGUGAAAUAUAAAUUUAUGAAUUAUCGGAAGUUGUUUGAUGUAUAGUGGGCUCAUAGUCAUAAGAUAAGGUGAUCCACAUAUAUAUGAUAAAACAUGUGUAAUAUGUUAUGUAACAUGUUCUGUGAUCUCAACUCCCUCGGGAAAAAGAAAUGAAUAUAUUUGAUAUUUGAUACUUCUAA